UGUCUCCGUAUUUCCAUUUUCCCUGCAAUCCAGGCUUGAUCACUUUACUCUCUCUAGGGUUUUCAAAGUUUCAAUCCUUUUUAGCUGCAAAGGUGCUUUCUUCUUAAAGGUACCUGGAAAAGGUUAAGACUUUCAUUUUUUUAAAACUUCUUUUCUAAUCUUUUAUGUAGUUUAAAAUUGUGGGGUUUGAAUAAUUUGAUUGGAUAAGGAGGGCAGAAGAAAAUUUGUGUAUAGAGAGGUGUCGUUUUCUAGGUUGGUAUUUGGAUUUGCAUUAGCUUGGGUUAUCUUUGAAAGCUUGUUUCAGGUUUACUUUUUUUUUGGGUUUAAAGGUUGUAGUGUUUUGGAGAGAUUCUAGAGAAGUAGGCUCUUGUUUGAACAAAUGAGGUUUUGAUUAGAUUGGAUAGUAUGUAUAUAGUAUUGGGUUUUUAGUGAAGCCCGGCUUUAUUGGUUUCUAUUUCUAGAAACACAGAUUCUUGAUUACUUUCAUUUGGUAGAAUGCUGGUGCAGAAAUGGGGAUUUAUUAUAACAUUUGAAUUUAGAUGGGAUAUUGGAACUUCUGUUUUUAGUCGAACUCUUUGGCGUUUUGAGUAUGUCGGUAAUAGAUGAGGGGGACAAUGUUGUAAAAAAAUUAAAAUUCUUGAAGAAAUGAAGGAUAGUUUCUGUAAGAAGAACUGAAGAAGUUAUUGUUUGAAGGGUGGUUUUGGUGUAUGAUGGGUUGCAUUUGUUGUAAACCUUCUGCAAUUGAAGAUAGUAAGGAUAGUCCUAGAGAGAGGCCUUUGAGUAAAGCCGCAACAGAAGUUGGAGCAAAGGAUCGGUCUGAUAACAAUGAAGUGCGAACGAUGUUAAUUGAUAAACAAGUGAAUGAUACGGUUCGGUUGCAUGGUGAGAAUUUGGAUAGAAGGGAGAAGAUGGAGUAUGUUGUUACUCAACACCCCGGGAUGGGUAGUCUACCAAAAGCUACAGAAGGUGAACAGGUGGCAGCAGGUUGGCCUACUUGGUUAGCUUCGGUGGCAGGAGAAGCAAUCAGAGGAUGGGUGCCGCGGCGUGCAGACUCAUUUGAGAAGCUGGAUAAAAUUGGCCAGGGGACUUAUAGUAAUGUUUAUAGAGCUCGUGAUUUAGAUCAGAAAAAAAUUGUUGCUCUGAAGAAAGUAAGAUUUGAUAACCUUGAGCCGGAGAGUGUUCGAUUUAUGGCAAGGGAAAUUCACAUACUACGUAGACUUGACCAUCCAAAUGUUAUAAAGCUGGAAGGUCUGGUUACCUCAAGGAUGUCUUGCAGCUUGUACCUUGUUUUUGAGUAUAUGGAACAUGAUUUGGCUGGUCUUGCUUCGCACCAGGGUCUGAAGUUUUCUGAGCCACAAGUUAAGUGCUACAUGCAGCAACUUUUGUGUGGUCUUGAUCAUUGUCACAGCCAUGGUGUCCUACACCGUGACAUAAAAGGUUCAAAUCUUCUCAUUGACAAUAAUGGCAUCUUGAAGAUUGCAGAUUUUGGUCUGGCAAGUUCUUAUGAUCCCCAUCAAAGUCAGCCCUUGACAAGCCGUGUUGUAACUCUUUGGUAUAGACCACCAGAGCUUUUACUUGGGGCCACUUACUAUGGUACUGCUGUGGAUUUAUGGAGUACAGGUUGCAUACUUGCUGAGUUAUAUGCAGGCAAGCCUAUUAUGCCCGGAAGAACUGAGGUGGAGCAGUUGCAUAAAAUUUUCAAGCUUUGUGGCUCGCCUUCUGAAGAGUAUUGGAGAAAAUCAAAGUUGCCUCAUGCUACAAUUUUUAAGCCCCAACAACCUUAUAGAUGCUGUGUCGCUGAAACAUUUAAGGAAUUUCCUGCACCAGCAUUAGCACUCAUGGAAACCUUACUUUCCAUUGACCCUGCUGAUCGCGGAUCUGCAGCUUCUGCUCUCAAGAGUAAGUUCUUUACCACAAAUCCGCUUCCCUGUGAUCCUUCAAGCUUGCCCAAGUAUCCUCCUAGCAAAGAGUUUGAUGCAAAAAUGAGGGAUGAGGAAACUAGAAGACAAAGAGUAGCAGGAACCAAAGGUCAGAGACCUGACCUCGACAGGAGAUCAACAAGAGAGUCUCGAGCCAUGCCAGCGCCUGAUGCCAAUGCUGAACUAGUCUUGUCAAUGCAGAAAAGACAAGGUCAACCCAAUUCUAAGAGUCGGAGUGAGAAGUUUAAUCCUCAUCCUGAAGAAGUUGCCUCAGGCUUUCCUAUAGAUCCACCUCGACCAUCACAGGCAGUAGAAUCAAAUGCAGAUGCUCAGGGGAAUCGUCACAAGAGAGCCUCCCAUUCAGGGCCACUGGCUCACCGAGCUGCAUGGGCGAAGUCUGGUAAAAAACUCGAUGAUGCUCCAAAACUUUCUACUGGGGCCGACUUAUCAAUGAUGCCAGGUUUAGUGGCAGCAAGGAGAAGUAAUCUUAUAUCUGAAGAUCGCAGAGAGAGAACUGGUUCUUCGCAACCAGAAGCUCCAAAAGUAUUUGCAAGAUUUCCUGGUUCCUUUAAGGAGGCCUCAGAAUAUUUCCAACAGGAUAUGGAACGAAAUGUGCAGCAGAAAGAAGAUGGAAGAAGUAACAUCAAAGAUCAAGUUGUGCUUGGUUAUGGCUCAAAGGGUCACAAAAUUCACUAUUCUGGUCCAUUAUUAGUUCCAUCAGGCAACAUGGAUCAGAUGCUCAAGGAUCACGAUCGUCAAAUUCAAGAAGCUGUUCGACGAGCACGCCUGGAUAAGGCAAAGAUGAAAAGGGUUCCGAUAGAAGGCAGCCAAAAAUCAACCAAUUCAUUAUUUGUUUCUGGUCGUUGAGCUAAACUUUGUGAACCGCAAAUCAGGACGAACAAUGUCAAGAUGAUGGUAGCAAAUAAUUGGCCGCCGAUUCUUUGUAUAGCUCGACGCUUAUAGGAAGAUUGCUAGUGAGGCAUAUGUAGCUAAGCUUAUAGCUGAUGAAGAGAGCUUUCUAUGUGAUCAAACAUGUGCAUAUCUUUACCACUCCACAACUGCAAUUUGCUAAGAUAUGACACAUCCCUGUUCGUCU